AUGGCGGGAGACGAAUCACUCCGACCGCCACGUCAAUCUUCCGAUCGUCUGUCGACGCAAACCGCCGAGGAAGAGGAUGGUCUCUUGACUGGGGAGCGAACGACCCGCCGUGACCAAGGACGCCGCGGAUUGGGGUUCUGGGGACAAGUAGGAACCUUUGCAUGGGCAGUCACUGCAACUGUUGUCGUGAUAGUUCUGGCGGUUGUAUAUCAGCACGAAUCUGCCAAGAAUCGUCGAGAACAGCCUACAGUAGGAUGGGGGCCGGACGGCAAGCCUUCGGGUAAGCGUAACCUCAUCUUCAUGGUGUCUGACGGAAUGGGACCGACGAGUCUGUCCAUGACAAGAAGUUUCAGGCAAUUCGCCGAGGGCUUACCCAUCGAUGAUAUUCUGGUGCUGGACAAGCACCACGUCGGGCAGUCACGAACCCGGUCCAGCAACAGCCUUGUGACAGACUCGGCCGCUGGUGCGACCGCGUUCUCUUGCGGGCACAAGAGCUACAACGGAGCUAUUUCUGUGCUUCCUGAUCACACCCCUUGCGGAACUGUACUCGAAGCUGCCAAGUUGGCGGGUUACCACACUGGGUUGGUUGUCACGACACGCAUCACCGACGCAACCCCGGCUUGCUUCGCAUCGCACGCCAAUAUGCGUCAAUACGAAGAUAGUAUUGCGGAGCAAGAGGCGGGUGAACACCCUCUGGGAAGAGUCGUGGAUCUGAUUUUUGGGGGUGGUCGUUGCCAUUUUCUGCCAAACUCCACCCAUGGCAGCUGCCGUGCUGAUGAUCGUAAUAUCAUCGAUGUUGCAGCUCAGAAUGGGUUCCAUUACCUGGAAGACCGUGCUAGCUUUGAUGCCUUGAAGGCUGGCGCUGAUGCCAAGCUACCCCUCAUGGGUCUCUUUGCGGAAAAGGACAUUCCCUACGAGAUUGAUCGUCGUUCGCAGAACGAUGUCUACCCGUCUCUCGAGGAGAUGGCUCGCACUGCAUUGACCACACUUAGCGAGGCUACUCGGGACAGCGAACAAGGCUUCUUCCUCAUGAUCGAGGGCUCUCGCAUCGACCAUGCUGGACAUGGAAACGACCCGGCCGCUCAGGUUCAUGAAGUUAUCGCCUACGACAAGGCUUUUGCUGCCGUGCUUGAGUUCCUUGAAAAAGACGAGACACCCGGUGUGCUUGUCAGCACCUCUGAUCACGAAACUGGCGGACUGGCUGCUGCUCGUCAGCUCCACACCACUUACCCAGAAUAUCUUUGGCACCCUCGCGUUUUGGCCAACGCUAAACAUUCCAGUGAAUACGCCAGUGCCAAGUUGAGCGAGCAUCUCUCCCGCAAUACCCAACACAGUGAAGACAAGACGAAAGCUUUUGUUCGCAAGACUUUGCUCGAGGAGGAUCUCGGCAUCACCGAUGCCACUGAUGAUGAGAUCAAAGCUUUGCUGCAACCCGAAGACGGGUUUUAUCCCAAUUAUGUCUUUGCGGACAUGAUCAGUCGCCGUGCACAGAUCGGCUGGUCAACUCAUGGUCACUCCGCCGCUGACGUCAACAUCUACGCAUCAUCGAGCAAGGAUGUAUGGCCACUGGUUGGCAACCACGAGAAUACUGAUGUCGGCAAGUUCCUCGCGGACUACCUGGACCUCGAUGUCGAUGCUGUUACCAAGCGCCUGCAAGCUGCAGUCUCUUGGACCUCGUCUAGCGAGAAGUCCGUAUCUGAUCAGCAUGGCUGGCUAGGCGAUCCGCUCGGCUCGAAUGUGCGAGUUGAGGGUCUUGAUGACUACCAUGGUGACUUCAGAAAGCGAUCAUCCGAGGACUGUGCGUGUGGUGGAGUCCACUGA